AUGGAAGAAUUUAUUCAGAAGAAUGUUGAAGAAGGGCUAAACUCUAAAGAGACUAAAUUAGAAAUACAGAGGCGAAUAGAGGAAGGUCGCAAGAAGUUGUUUGAUGAUGUUGAUGUGCAGCUUGAGAAAGAGAAAAAAGUCGCUCUUACUGCUACAAGACAAAAAGAAAAACAAGCAUGGAAAGAGAGAGAAGAGCUAGAUAAAAUGCUGGAAGAGAAUAGGAGAAAGGUAGAAAAAGUUAAGCGACGAUUAGCUCUGGAGCUGCAGCAGAAGGAAGAAGAACAAUAUCGUGAGCUCAAGUUGAUUCAGAGACAAAAAGAGGAGGCAACUCGGAGAACUAAGCUAGAUGAUGAGAGUUUGAGUUAUGUUUUGCUGGGAGUUAGUGAAGAGUCAAAAUCUUACCGACUCUAUGAUAUAGAAGCGACAGAUAAAAAUAUUGUAGAGGAAAAUAUUUCCCCUGGUUCUUUAGCUGAAGCAAGCUCUCCUAGCUCGAAUAAGGCGAGGAAUAAGAGACCACCAGUCUGGAUGAGAGACUAUGCAAUAGGAGAAGAUUUUUGUGAAGAAUAUGAUGAAGCAGUCUGGAUGAGAAACUAUGCAAUAAGAGAAGUUUUUUAUAAAGAAGAUGAUGAAGCUCACUCGGCCAUGUUUACCACUACUGAACCUAUAAACUUUGAAGACACAUUGAUUUAA